AUGCCGGCCCGGCUGAGGGCGGCGCUGCUGGUGCUGCUGGCACAAUGCCCUGCCGCGCAGGGCACGCCUUCGCCACCGCCGUACCCCCCGACGCCGGACUACGACUGUGAUGCCAUGACCGGACGCUCAGAGAUAGCGGGCGGCGAUAGCUGCUCGACUAUCGACAUUGAUACAGAGGGCCCCUGUGAUCUGUGGUAUCAGGAGACCUCUACUGCGGGCAAGUACAAGUUUUGCUACGGCCCGACAGCCGACGAGCCGGAUCAAUGCUCCAACAUCAAGCCCGCCGCCUCCCAGCCCGCCGCCGCCGUCGCCGCCGCCGCCGUCGCCGCCGCCGCCGUCGCCGCCGCCGCCAUCGCCUCCUCCGCCGUACCCGCCGCCCCCAUCCCCGCCGCCGCCCGCGCCGCCGCCGUCUCCGCCGCCGCCUUCUCCGCCGCCGCCGUCGCCGCCGCCGCCGUCGCCUCCGCCUCCAUCGCCGCCACCGCCGACACCGCCGCCGCCUACGGCGCCGCCGCCCAGCCCGCCGCCGCCUUCGCCGCCGCCACCGGCGCCAGCGCCGCCGUCGCCUCCGCCUCCGUCGCCAGCACCGCCCCCGCCGCCUCCCAGCCCGCCGCCUCCCUCGCCGCCGCCGCCCUCGCCGCCGCCGCCCUCGCCGCCGCCGCCCUCGCCACCACCGCCGUCGCCGCCACCGCCGUCGCCGCCGCCUCCCAGCCCGCCGCCGCCGUCGCCGCCGCCGCCGUCGCCGCCGCCGCCAUCGCCGCCGCCUCCGUCACCUCCUCCGCCCUCGCCGCCGCCCCCUUCACCGCCGCCGCCCUCGCCGCCGCCGUCGCCGCCGCCGCCGUCGCCCCCGCCUCCAUCGCCGCCACCGCCGUCGCCGCCACCGCCGUCGCCGCCGCCUCCCAGCCCGCCGCCGCCGUCGCCGCCGCCGCCGUCGCCGCCGCCGCCAUCGCCGCCGCCGCCCUCGCCGCCGCCGCCCUCGCCGCCGCCGCCCUCGCCACCACCGCCGUCGCCGCCACCGCCGUCGCCGCCGCCUCCCAGCCCGCCGCCGCCCUCGCCGCCACCUCCGUCGCCUCCGCCCCCGAGCCCACCGCCGCCGUCGCCGCCGCCGUCGCCGCCGCCGCCAUCACCGCCACCCUCGCCGCCGCCGUCUCCCCCGCCCCCUUCUCCACCACCCCCUUCUUCACCGCUGAGCUGGAUGGAGGUACUUGCACGGUGGUCAUCUGGCCGGAUGGCAGCUACAGCCCGCCGCGCUAUCUCAUCACCUGGUACAACCCGCCGAACGAUCAGCUGCUGGCAGAAGCCCCCGGUCGGAAUUCCAUAUCGGGGCUUGUGACCGAGGGCGAUGGUCCCGGUGAUUCGGCCUUUGUCACGAACAUUGUCGUCACGUUUACCAAAACCUACGUAGCUCAAGACGUGACUGGCGCAUCGCUGGAAGUCGAGGUCGACGACUCCAUCGACGAAGUGACCGAGGGCGUGGCCGACGAGCUGGCGAGUCUAGCCUCCUUCGGCCCCACCAUCGCCUCCGCCGAGCGCGCCGCCGUCAUCACCUCCAGGCCCGCGGUCGCCGCCGGCGUCACCGCCGGCGCCGCCGCCGCCGCCGCCGUCACCACCGCCACCUUCGCCGCCACCCCCUUUCUAUCCUCCCCAGAUCCCCGAUGGGGAUCCCCAGGCACCUCCGCCGCCACCGGUGGCUCCCCCACCUACACCGUCUCUGCCACCGGCGCCGCCGUCCCCCCCAACCUCUCCUCCUCCUUCCGCACCGGCGAGGCCGAUUUCCGCGGCGAAGAUGGUGCCACGUACAACAUGCUCAGCCACACCAACGUCAGCGUAAACGCCCUUUUCGAAGCGAGCGCAUUCCUCAUUUGGGGCGGUGUCAAGGUGCGCGGCUCCUUUGUCACCGAUGCCUUUUGGACCAUCAAGUCGAACCUCACAGGCGGCCCAGCCGCCUCCUUCGAGGACGUCUCGGUCUCGAUGUCGCGUCGCGGCAACGCCGAGGUGCUCGGCGUGCGCACUUGCGCGUGGCACAUCGAGGCGGUUGCACGGCUCAUCUGGCGCUCCACGACGCCAGGAAAGAAGCAGAUUGACUUGUCGUUUGCGCCGCUGCGCGACCCACUCUCGGGAACCGUGGCCGUGGCCCCUCACGGCCUCAUCGGCCAGUCGUACGACGGUGACGCGGUUGCGGUGGACGGCAAACAGGACCACUACAGGGAGCUGUGGAAAGCCCAGGGCAGCGGCAAGGAGCUCACAACGCAGGCGCAGGCCGAGGGCGCCAUUGAGGGUGAGGGCAAUGACUACCAGGUCGCGGACUUCUUCGCCACUGAGUUCAAGUACUCGCGCUUCGCUGGGAGCGCAGCUGCACCCCGGAACGUCGCUGCCCUCUCGGGCAACAAGCGGCAGCUCUCGUCGCAUCCUCAUUGGGGCUCCGCAUCAGGCAGCGUUGGUGACGACGCUCGUGACGAGGGAGAAGCUAUCUCCGUUGCCAAUGCGCGGUAA